UAAAACGAGACCGCGGUAUGGUUAUAGUAGGGUAUUUGAAAGAAAUAGAUUAAGAUUAAUUAGCAGAUUGUGUCUUACGCAUAUACCUUUAAUAAUUCAUAUUCAUAAAUAAAUAAGUAAAAAAAAAAAAAAAGAAAGAAAAACAUGUCGAUUAUAUCAGAAUUCGGGGACACCAAUAAUUUUAGUUCAUCAUGGGUAGGGACACUAUUGCUGACGUAAUAACCUCUAUACGAAAUGCCGACAUGGAUAGAAAAAGAGUGGUUCGAGUACCAUCUACUACUAUUACCGAAAACAUUGUUAAAAUACUUUUACGAGAAGGUUUUAUCGAAAACGUAAGGAAACAUUGGGAAAGCAACAAAUAUUUUUUGGUUUCAACCCUGCGACAUAGAAGGAAUAGGAGAAGGCCUUAUAGAAAUCUUUUAAAUUUAAAACGGAUCAGUCGACCCGGUUUACGAAUCUAUUCUAACUAUCAACGAAUUCCUAGAAUUUUAGGUGGAAUGGGAAUUGUAAUUCUUUCUACUUCUCGAGGGAUAAUGACAGACCGAGAGGCUCGCCAAGAAGGAAUCGGCGGAGAAAUUUUGUGUUAUAUAUGGUAAUCCUUCUUAUAUCCGAAUUGGAUCCGAAACUUCCCAUUUGUGAAAAAAAAAAAGAAAGGGCAGGUUGUCUAAUAUCGUUCCUCCUCCAUUAGUUGAUACUUCAAGGAGAUUUUACCUGGAAUGAAAGAACAAAAAUGGAUUCAUGAAGGUUUAAUUACCGAAUCGCUUCCCAAUGGUAUGUUCCGGGUUCGUUUAAAUAAUGAGGAUCUGAGUCUAGGUUAUGUUUCGGGCAAGAUCCGACGUAGUUUUAUACGGAUACUGCCCGGGGAUAGAGUCAAAAUUGAAGUAAGUCGUUAUGAUUCAACCAGGGGGCGUAUAAUUUAUCGACUCCGCAACAAGGAUUCGAAGGAUUAGGGGGUUUUUUACCUUCAACAUUCCCUUCCGUGGGAAUACAAUUCGAGAUUCAAAAUUUUAAGAAACUUAUUUUCUUCCAAGAAGUAGAUUCAGAAUUAAGGCAAGGAAGGGCAAAUAUGAAAAUAAGGGCUUCUGUUCGUAAAAUUUGUGAAAAAUGUCGACUAAUCCGCAGGCGGGGACGAAUUAUAGUAAUUUGUUCCAACCCGAGACACAAACAAAGACAAGGAUAAUCUUUCUAAAAGAGACUCUCUAAAAGACCCGAUGUAAAAAUAAACAGAAAAGGUCUGUUUUGACAUGAAAUGGAUAUAUCCAUAUAUCUCUGACUCAUAUUUAUGAGAUGAUAAAAUAUGGCAAAAGCUAUACCAAGAAUUGGUUCACGUAGAAAUGCACGUAUUGGUUCACGUAAGAAUGUGCGUAGAAUACCAAAGGGGGUUAUUCAUGUUCAAGCAAGUUUCAAUAAUACCAUUGUGACUGUUACAGAUGUACGGGGUCGGGUAGUUUCUUGGUCCUCUGCCGGUAGUUGUGGGUUUAGGGGUACAAGACGGGGGACACCUUUUGCUGCUCAAACUGCAGCAGGAAAUGCUAUUCGUACAGUCGUGGAUCAAGGUAUGCAACGAGCGGAAGUCAUGAUAAAGGGUCCCGGUCUCGGAAGAGACGCAGCAUUACGAGCUAUUCGUAGAAGUGGUAUACUAUUAACUUUCGUACGGGAUGUAACCCCUAUGCCACAUAAUGGCUGCAGGCCUCCUAAAAAAAGACGCGUGUAG